GUCUCGAACUUCACGGCCCCGAGCGCGCUGGGUGAUCGGGCCAAGGCAUUUCGAACCAAGUGUGAAAAAAACAAAACAAAAACGGAUCCGUUUAUUUAUCAUUUCUAUUUUUAAGAAGUUCGAGUAAAGAAAAGCGAAAUACAGUUUAGUAUAGAAAAGGAAGAUACAGUUUAGUGAAGAGAAAUAAGAUAUAAAUUUGCGUUUUUUGUGUGUGUACGUCGUGUAGAAGUGGUUGGAGAAAUAUUGGAAGAAAGUUUGGAUAAGAGAGAGACUGAUUUUCGAGGUUGCAUAUCCUGAUGACGGGCAGGUAGCAACCACUCCACCAUGAAGUUCUUCCUCUCUCUCGUUCUUCUGUUCCUCUGCCAAGCUGGAUGGGUGUUUGGCAGCAAUCCUCCUCGGUUGAAUGUUACAAAAGAUGUCAUUAUAGACACGCGUAAGGAAUUCUUUUUGAGCUUGAGAUGUGAGGGAACAGAGACACUCAACUGGAACUGGACAACUGGGCUUCCUCCCGAUGAAGAAAUAUUGAAAAUUGAACAUACCGAGCAUCCUAAUACUGAUUAUCCCUACGUUUCAACAUUCACGAUAACGCAUCCAGAAAUCGUAGAUACAGGAUAUUACUACUGCUUCUACAACAGUUCUGCGAAUCCAGCUACUGAUGCUGUAAAGGCUACAAGGACAUACGUUUAUGUUCAUGAUGGUAAUACUGGACUCCUACAAUCAAAUGGUUUUGAACACAUAACGGUAACGACAUCAGAAAAAAUGAUUCUUGAUUGUCGAACUACAAUGCCAAACAUUACAGUCAAACUCUUUAAAAAUGAUGAAGAGAUAACUUCCGAAGCUCAGUGGGAUUCACGUGUAGGUUUCAUCCGACGCAACUUGGUCAUUCAGGAUUCUGGUUCCUACCGUUGCCAUUCAGAAUUUGGUGAUGAGAUGCAUUACCUUGUUGAUAUUAUUCCUGGAUCUGAUACUAUUCCCAAGCCUGCAAUUGAAUGGGCUGCGAAUCAACCUUUUGUCGUUGGAUAUGACAUUAUUCUGAACUGUUCCCUCAUAUGGAAUGGCAAGGUGGUGUUCAGAUGGAAUCUUCCUAAUUCACAGGCAAACAUCACACAAAGGCAAUCUAAACUAAAGCGCUCAAACAGUACCUAUGAAGUCAGUACCCUCCAUGUGAUGAAUGCUUCUAAAAAGGAUAGUGGAGAAUAUAAAUGCAGUGUGUCAGCAUCAGGUUCAAAUCCAAAUGAAGAAACAAAGUUUAUAGACAUUAAAGAGACACAGACUCCAUACAUCAAUCUCUCCAGCGUGCCAGAAGUCAAGCUAAAUGAGGGUGAUACGCUGAGGUGGAAAACUGAAGUUUAUGCAUUUCCCUCAGAUCCACAGAUAAUUUACCGUAACUGGAGAGGGAGGGAAGUCCUCGAAACAGACAGGGUCACUACUGAGCAUAGAAUGAAUGAGGCUGAAUCAUGGCUGAGAAUCAAAAAUGCUUCUGUGAUAGACUUUGGGAACUAUACUAUAGAGGUGUCGUCCAGAGAUGAAACUGAAAGAGAAAGCACGUCUGUUUUUGUCUAUAUUAAGAGCAAACCCCAUGUCACACUCUAUGGCAUACCACUAAGUAUAGAUGUUGGUGAGAUGAUAAAUGCAACAUGCAUCUCGAGAAGCUAUCCUAUGCCGGAAGUAGAUUGGAUGUUCCAGGAGUGUCCCAAUGGACCCCAAAACUGUGGUUCUUCAUUUGAAAGAAUGGAGGUACGUAAUCCUGUAGUAUCGGAGCCUGAUCCUGGAAACAGGAAGGAUGUAAAAGCCUCAUUUUCUUUUAACUCCUCUGGGCUUCUCAAAUGCAAUGCCACCAAUGAAAAUGGAAAUGGGAAAGCAAUCCAGGCAGUUGUCAUUAGUGAUAUUGAUGGGAAUUUUGUCUUCAGACAUAUUGGCCGAAACAUAACCACAGAGCUUACUAGAACUAGACAGAAAAUUUUAGAGAUUACUGAGAAUGAUGAUUUUUACCUGGAGUGUGGAGCAGUUAGGUUUAGCUAUAAGAGAGUCCGCCUUGAAAGUCCAGAGUUGUCAGUAAAGGAGAAAGUUUCAAAUUAUACCCUGGUUAAAUAUGUAGAGACAAACAAAGUAGCGCUGAGCUCUCAGGUAACGUACCGGUGCUCGGCUGAACAGCAUGUGACAGGUGAUGAAGAAGUCCGAGAAGUUACUUUCAAAGUCUACAAAGAGGAGAUGGUAACAUUCACAGAGGAGGCCAAUGUGAGACCUGAAGGUUUUGAAUUGCAAAUCGAGGAAAACAAACCCUUCACACUGAACUGUGGCGUAACUGGAAUGCCGAGACCUGUUGUGAAGUGGUUCAAGGAUGGCAAACUUCUGACACGAGACAGCGAAUUCUUUGAUGGGACAACCUUUUUCGACAAAAAUCAUCAGAGCAUUGAAUUCACCUACAUCUUUGAGCAAAAGCAUGUAGGCAUCUAUACCUGUCGAGCAGAAAACAGGCUGGGUGUUCUGGAAGGGAGUUUAACAAUCACCGUCCCAGCACCAGGACUUAGCACUGGAACAAAAAUUGGCCUGGCAUUUGCCUUUAUUGGAAUAUUGAUCCUGAUAGUCGUUGUAGUUGUGCUCGUGAGAAGGGUCAAGGAAGAGAGAAAGUUCCGAAAAUCAUUCAGAAAGAACGAACUGUAUCUCUUUGAGAAAGGCAACAUUGGCCAGUUGAAUCCUGAUUGCACGGCAGAUGAGCAAGCUGAGUUAUUGCCUUAUAGCCCAGAGUGGGAGAUCCAACGGGAUGACAUAACUUUAGGAAGGCAGCUGGGUGCAGGAGCCUUCGGCAGAGUGAUCAAAGCAACCGUCAUGGGCCUCUUUGAUGAUGAACCAAAGACCACAGUCGCUCUGAAGAUGUGCAAGAGUCAGUCAGAUCAGUCACAUGUCCAAGCGCUUACAAGAGAACUGAAGGUCAUGAUACAUCUUGGCAAACAUUUGAAUAUUGUCAAUCUUAUGGGAGCCAAUACAGUCAACAUUGGCAAGGGUGAGCUGUGGAUCCUGGUGGAAUACUGUCGCUAUGGCAACCUCCUGUUGUUCAUGCAUCGGCAUCGGAAGAACUUUGUCAACCAGAUAAACCCAGUGACUGGAAAGAUUGACUCAAUGAAGAUUGUGCAAGAAGCCUCCACACCUCUCUCACCUGUAUCACAAGGGACAAGGUAUGGCUACCAACCCACUCCAGUCACAGACAUGGAUGGCUACUUAGCACCAACGCCAAAAAAAUUCAACCUAGCGUCUGUUCCUAGAGGAAACCACAAUCCAUCCUCACCCCCACAGUCUCCAACCUCAGGCACGAACUCUUCCGAUGGGAGUUCAAGGCCUGAAGGACCACCUCACCAUUAUGUGGAUAACCCUGGAUAUAGUAAAGGCUUCAUUCGUUCAGUAAGCGAGUCACAACAUGGGGAAAUGCAUCCAGCUUUUGGCCUGACAUCGAGCAGCACCUCUGGAGGAUCUCGUAUAUCAGACGCCAGGAAUUCCAAAGGCUCACACACACCCUCUGACCAAAGAUCUGUUGGAUACUACCGAGAGAACCAACAAAUCGUCAAUACGGAUAUGACGUUGCUGCAUUCAUCAACUUCCCCUAUGUCUCCUGUGUCUAACUUCCCUCUCUCUCCAACCGAUUCUAACCAUGUAAGUGACCUUGGAGUAGAUUCACAAGGUAACCCAUUCACAUUUGACACUGGCCUCAUUCCUGGCAUAACAGCACCAUUUACCACAAGUGAUCUGGUGUCUUGGGGUUGGCAGGUGGCGCAAGGCAUGGAAUACCUCUCACGUAGAAAGGUUUUGCAUGGAGAUCUUGCAGCACGUAAUCUCCUGUUAGCAGACAAUAAUGUGGUCAAGAUCAGUGACUUCGGGUUAUCACGUGAUAUGUACAAAAAAGAUAUCUACAUGAAGAAGGGAGAUGAUUUGAUGCCUAUCAAAUGGAUGUCAAUAGAAGCCAUUCGUGACCGCAUCUUCAGUGUGCAGAGCGACGUGUGGGCAUAUGGAGUCACACUGUGGGAACUGUUCACUCUUGGUUCAACUCCUUAUCCAGGUGUAGAGGUGAACAAGGACUUCUUGACCUUCCUUGAGAAUGGAAAUCGAAUGGACAGGCCAAAAUAUGCAAACCAAGAAAUAUACAAACUCCUUCUCGAGUGCUGGAGUGUGGAGCCUUUGGACCGGCCAACCUUCAGCAUGUGUGCAGAUAGAUUAGGAAUACUCAUGUUACCUGAUCUAAGAGAGGUGCUUAUAUAUACACAAUAUCUGCUCUUCUUAUUCAGCUUUUGCCCCGAGGGGUCGGAAGAGCCAGCCCAAAGCAACCCAUCUGACGAAGAGUCCAAAGAGCAAAUGACGGAAAAUUCGUCACUCAUAGGAGAGGAAUCCCAGCAUGGCUCGAAAGACAGUCUUAGAGGUUCUGACAAGGAUAAAACCUCCCUAAAAAGUUUGGAAAGUAAUUCUGCGAGAAACUCUGGGGACGAUCACAAUGUGCCGUAUAUCAACCUUGUGAGUCACGGAUGCGAUUAUGUGAAUGUGUAA